UCGAGGCUUUUAAAAGUAGUGGAUAAAUCGAAGAUAUAUUGAAUCGAAAAACUCUCUUAAAACAACUAAAAAAUAUCGCGAUAUCCUGGCCUUAGACACAAGAUUUUGUCACCAUGUUGGCUGUGAUGAACGAUGAACAACUAAAACGCCUCUCACAACACAAAUACAGCUCACAGUGCUCGACUGUUUUGGAUCCUUUCUUUCAAAUCUAUUGGAGAUGGCUUGUAGAGCAGAUCCCUCUUUGGGUGGCUCCAAAUCUACUGACUGUACUUGGUCUAAUCGCUAAUGUGAUUACUUCGUUUAUUCUGAUGUACUACUGUCCACAAGCUAAAGGAACGGCUCCAUGUUGGGCAUUCCUGACCUGUGCCGUUGGUUUAUUUAUUUACCAAUCUCUUGACGCAAUCGAUGGUAAACAAGCUCGACGCACUAAUUCUAGUUCACCUCUUGGUGAGCUAAUGGACCAUGGUUGUGAUACCAUAUCAAUGGUUGUGCUAUCCCUGGCUUUUUGUAUCUCUGUUGAACUUGGCCAUAACCCUCAAUGGAUGUUUUUCAUUUGUUUCUUUGCUGUUUUUUUGUUUUACUGUGCACACUGGCAAGCAUAUGUGUCAGGGGUGAUAAAAUUUGGAAGAAUUGAUGUCACAGAGCUGCAGGUGUCUGCUAUGAUCAUUUUUCUCCUAACAGGCAUCUUUGGUUCUUCUUUUUGGGCAAUUAAGAUUCCUUUAAUUGGUGUAUCACUAAAGAUAGCUCUUCUGUGGUCUUCUGUGGGUGGUACUGUUUAUGCCAUGUGCUCAAUUUUUAGUCAAAUAUAUGAAGGAGGAAGAGGGAAAAAUGGCUCAACCAUUGCUGGUACAAGUGUUUUAUCUCCAUUAAUUCCAAUUGCUAUCAUGUUGUACAUGAGCUACUAUGUGGCCCACAAGUCUCCAAUGAAGGUUUUCCAUAAUCAACCAUGUUUGUAUUUUCUGGCAUUUGGUUUGGCCAUUUCCAAACUUUCCAUGAAAUUAGUGGUUGCCUGCAUGUCUAAAAGCCCUUUGGAUUUCAAAGACUCUACAAUGCUGGGAGGAAUAGUUCAAAUAUUAAAUAUUCAUUACGGGAGUCCCUUUGAUGAGUUCUUACUUCUUUAUCUUAUGUUGGCUUAUGUCAUAUUCGACGUCGCUCGCUACUGCACAGCGGUUUGUAAGCAAAUAUGUGACCAUCUUAACAUCUGUUGCUUUACAAUACCCUAUGAACCUUCAACAAAGACCAAAUAAACACCCAGUAUUCACAAGAAAGUACAUAUCGUUAAGUAAAGUUCGGACGUUUUAUUUCUUAAAUAAUGUUUAAAUUAUCCAUUUUUGACACUCAAAAACUGUUUCUGUUGUAAGUUGUAUUUGUAUCGAUUCAGGAACACAAAAGUUCUUUCUAUGAUUUUAAAUCAAGGGACGAAUAACAGAAGGUGUUCAUUGGUGAUGCUAAAAAAGGAACCAAUAACAUUGACUUCGGUUUUGAUGACGUAUGUAAUCAGUCAGACGUGUUUUAAACUCUGUUUGUAGAUAUCACUCUCUUUAAGCAGGAGAUUAUAUAGUAGAAUGAUUCCAACUGAUCCAUCUUUAUAACUGGUGGCGUGCAUCAUCCCUUCCCAUGAAGUACGCCAUGUCUGUUGACAAGACAAAAGACACCAACACUAAAUCUUUUGUCAAAGUCAACCGACAUUGCGGAUGUGACGUUACUUUCACCUCAAAAAUUAUUUUGUUAUCAUUAUGUUGAAUGCUUUUGUUGUAUUUAUGGAUCAAUAUCUAUAUCGCACAUUUGUUCCAAUCUCGUACCCAGAGUCUGCGUUUCUUCUGGUAUGCGACGAAGAACAAGGGCUCUGGCAUAAUCAAUUUUUGGCGCAUGCGCAAUUUUCCGGAAGUGAAAUAUAAUCAAUGAGAAUCAUGCUUUCACACAGAGUCCUGUGUUUACUUACCAAAAAAAAAAAAAAAAAAAAAUUAGAAAUCGGGAACAUGUAUAUAUAUAUACCGGAAGUCCUAGAAAUCCUGUUCUCAAAACAUGGAUUAUGCCUGAGCCCUCGUUCAUCACCGCAAGCAAGAAGAAACGCAGGCUCUGGGUACGAGAUUGACAUUUGUUCUCCAUUUGUGCAAACACUCGCGGUGAGGCCUUGCUGUAUGUUGUCAGUUCUAAGCUUUAGUUGAAAUUAAAAUGGAUUACCUCAGUCAGUAUUAACAGAACAACCGUACCGUGGAAAAUAGGAAACGUUUCGGUCGAAUAGCAAACAUCAUGAAGAUAUAUAUUGUAGACGUGAAGCGAAAAACCUUAGGAAAGAGAACCUUUGACGACAGCCAUUUUGAAAAUUGAGUUGAUAAUACACUCUAUUGCAAAAUCAUUGUCAUGUUUUAAAAAAAGGCGCUGAGACCGAAGUGGUACACGGGAAGUACGUCAAUGAGAUGUAUCUAGUGAUACGAAUCAUGGAAUUCUCAGAAAUUGUUACACUGACAGAAAGCAUGGAGGCUUUUAACACAUACACAGUGUAUCUCAAAUGAAUACAUCUGAGGAUAAUUAUGUAUUGCCAUCAUACCUUUCGGUCUCACCUCCUAUGUUCUAUACUUUGAACCCCACAAUGAUUUUACAAUUGAUUGUGCCCUUUAGUAUCUCCGUCAUGUGUGACGAACACUUGUAUUAUAAGGUACAUAUACCACUAAUUUUAAGCAUAUUUGUACAAGUACAUCAAGCACCUACCUUCCCAAGACCUUGUUCACGUUGCUACCGAUUUUUCAAGAUGGUUGUUGAAGAAGUUUAAUUUAAUAUAUAUUUAUCCAUUUGGUAAAGGUUUUCAUGGACUGAGUAAAGCUAUUGUACACGUAUUACGUGAUGAAGGUUGUGUUUUCUUUGCGAUAUUUUCAUAUAAUUAUGCUUAUUUUAAUACGUUGGAUAAUGCAUCUGUAAUCAAAUAAUAUGAACUUUUAAUUAAUUGAUAAUAUCUUAAUAGUCGAAUAAAUUUAAUGAAAGUUA